AUGGCUAACAAGAGAGAAAACAUGUCCCCAUACGGAGACUCCAAGAAGACCAAGCUCGAUGAUUCCAAAAAAGAGGACAUCGCCAUUGAUUCCGAAUUGUUGGGUGACCAGUCGUCUUACGCCGGCAACGAAUCAUCUACCAAGGAUGAGGAUGAUGCCGCUGUUGCCGCUGCUGCCUCUUUGGUUUCUGAUGCCGAUACGGCUAACGCUGCCGCUGCCGCUUUGAGCCAUCAACAACAACCACACCUUCACCUCCACCAUCAGCAGCAGCAGCAGCAACAACAACAGCAGCAGUUGCAGCAGAGAUUGACAUACGACCACCACUACGGACAGCAGGUGCACGCUGCUCAACAACACCACAGACUGGACUCCAACAUGUUGCAGCCAACGACAUUGCCCCCAUCCAACAACUCCAAGCCUCCUCACGGCUCAGAGGAGUGGCACAGAGUAAGAAGAGAGAACCACAAAGAGGUGGAGAGAAGAAGAAGAGAGUCCAUCAAUAAGGGAAUUAAAGAGUUGGCUGCAUUAAUCCCAACCUCCGACACCAACAAGGCAAUGAUCUUGCUGCACGGUGUAGAAUUUAUCAAGAGAUUGAAGGAGAACGAAAAUAACAAUAUCGAGAAGUGGACGUUAGAGAAAUUGUUGACUGAACAAGCUGUGAGCGAGUUGAACGCUUCCAACGAAAAGUUGAAGGCCGAGUUAGAGCGCGCCUACAGAGAGAUCGAACAGUUGAGAAGAAAGCUUGAGGAGAAGCAGUAA